CUACUGAAGUGGUGACUGUAUUUGUGUUUCAAGAGCCAUCAUUCUUGUCCUCCUUGCAAGAAAGUGGGCUAACUGAUGUUAUGCUACAUGCCCUCCUUAUCAAAGAUGUCCCUUCAACCCGAGAAGUACUUGGCUCCCUGCCAGAUGUGUUUAGUGCGCUUUGUUUGAAUGCACGAGGUCUUCAGUCAUUUGUGCAGUGUCAACCUUUUGAACAUCUCUUCAAAAUGCUACUUUCUCCUGAUUAUCUUCCUGCUAUGCGAAGAAGGAGGAGUUCUGAUCCCCUUGGUGAUACUGCUUCCAGUCUGGGCAGUGCAGUUGAGGAACUGAUGAGGCACCAGCCCACACUCAAAACAGAUGCUACAACUGCUAUUAUUAAGCUAUUAGAAGAGAUCUGUAAUCUUGGAAAGGAUCCGAAAUAUAUUUGUCAGAAAUCAUCUAUUCAAAAAGUCGAUAGCACUGCUUCAGCUCCUCCCCCAAGGUCUAAUCAUGCUGCAGAAGAGGCUUCCAGUGAAGAUGAGGAAGAAGAAGUACAAGCUAUGCAAAGCUUUAAUACUACUCAGCAGCAGGGAACUGAAACAAACCAACAGUAAGUUGCCUUAUCAGAAAUGGUACU